AAGCUUUAUUUUCUCCCAGCACUGCAAAUUGUCAAGUGGACACUACGUCCUCAUCCACAGACAGUCGUAUUCUUCUCUGGAGGUUUGUCGGCACAGACUUCUCUCGCAGAGCUCCUAAUUUAGCCUCAACAUUUCUAGCAAGGAGUCCUAACUUAGGAGGGAUUCAGGAAACGUCUCCGAGCAGCGAGGAAGGGACAGAAACUUUAGCCUUCGUGAGGAGUUUGUUGUGCUUAAGUCUUCCAAGUGGCAUGCAGGAGAAGGAAAUGGACCCACAAUCCUUCACUCCUGAACGUUGACGCCAGGAGAACCAGAGAGAAAGCCGAGCAGAGAUACAGAAGAAAGAGGAGAUUUGUCUGUCACCUGAUUUGUGGAGCUAAGCCAGCUGUGCCCCGGUGUAUCCUGACUGAGAGCCUGGCCUCGGAGCUCUGACCCUCUAACCCUGGAGGGGCAGAGGGGGUCGACGGGGAGAAAAUGCGGUGUACCACCCUCUUGGCCCUGCUGAUUGGGGUCAUGCUGUACCUGGUGAUGGGAGCGCUUGUUUUUGGAACCCUGGAGCUCCCCGAGGAGAAUUUGGCGUACAAAGACCUUCUCGCUACCAAGAACACUUUCCUUGAUAAUAACUCCUGUGUCACCGAGCUGGACUUCUACAAGCUUGUGAAGAGAGUGGUGUCUGCGGUGGAGUCCGGACUCGAUGUGAACAACCUUUCUGCCAACUUCACCUCCCGCUGGGACCUGGCGUCAGCCUUCUUCUUCUGUGGUACCAUCAUUACCACCAUAGGUUUUGGCAACUUGUCUCCUCUGACGUGGUACGGCCAGUUGUUCUGUGUGUGCUACGCCCUGGUGGGGAUCCCCAUGUUUGGCAUACUGCUGGCUGGAGUGGGUGACCACAUGGGCACAGUGCUGCGGAGAGCUGUGGCAAAGAUUGAGACCCUCUUCUUGAAGCGUAAAGUCAGGCCAACCACCGUGCGUGUGAUCUCAGCGGUUCUCUCCAUCCUGAUUGGUUGUCUGAUCUUCCUCGCCGUGCCAACAGUUGUGUUUCAGAAAGUGGAGGACUGGACAUUUCUGGAGUCGCUCUACUUUGUGGUCAUCACUCUCACCACUGUUGGCUUUGGAGACUACGUACCAGGUGGUCGUGAGGACGGCUGGUUCUUCAAGCCUCUGGUGUGGUUGUGGAUAGUGUUUGGUCUCGCCUACUUUGCCUCCAUCCUCACCAUGAUAGGCAACUGGCUGAAGGUGCUGUCUAAGAGGACCCGUGCUGAGAUGGAGGAGUUGAGGGCCCACGCUACAGACUGGACUCAGAAUAUUCAGAACAUGUCCAUGGACUUCCGCAUCCCAAACCCUCUGGAGUUCAACGACCCUUUCCUCUUGCAGCGCCGGCGCUGGAAACGCAGUGAGCGUCGCCGCAUCCGACGGGGAGCCCAGGGCACUCUGGGAUACUUGGCUCGAGGAGGAUCUGAGAAUGGACACCUGCCGAACCGCUGGGCCAGCCUGUCCAGCUCCAUGAGCAGGCUGGAGGCCCAUUCGUCUCUUGAGAGGGCGUUUGUGGCCAAGUCCAGGCAAAGGGUCAGUGCCGCUGGAGGUGGAACGGUCCCGAGGGCGGUGCCUGCGUUGAGAGUUGACCCCGCUGUGGGUCUGCAGGUGGAGGGCAGGCCGUUUCUUCCCCUGCUGGCCCGCUCAUUCUCCCUCCCUGUGGCCCACUCCACCUUAGAGCUGGAAUCAGCAGGUGCAGCCAUGCAAGCAGGAUCCCUUUCUGGAUCCGAGUCUCCUUUUGACUCCAGAUCAGACGUUUCUUCAGUCUCCUCGUCCCUCUUGGCACUCCACAAGUUCCAGCCCUACUGUACAGUCAGCAACAUGGAGGAGGGAGGAGCGAGAGCCGCAUAUAUGAACACAGCACAAGAGAAAGACAAACUGAUUCCAGCAGAGAGAUGUGUAUCUGUAGCCAAAACUAACCACAGACGCACUCCUGCUCCUGGUUUGCACCCUCGCUUCUCCCCUCUUCCUCCUUCUCGCCACACAAUCCUCCUUCCCUCCCAUCCCCUCCACGCUGCCUCCUCACCCAGCUGCCAGCUGCUGGAUUUCUUCGGAGAGAAUCUGGCGUACAUCGACGAGUCCUCAGACACGCUGAGCGACCACGCCCAGCCAGGAGCAAGCGAGGAGAGGAGGAGACGGCCACGAAAGCCGAAGAGGAGGAGCAUGAGGAGGCAGCUGUCGCACAAGUGGAGCCCCUUGCAGGUGAGGAGGCCCAGCAGUGAUAUGCGGCCGCCUUCAAAUCCCCCCACACCGCCUCCAGAAUCCUCUCUUUCAGACUUGCCUCAAUCAGAGAACCAGACAGGUUCAGGUCCGUCACUCUGA